AUCAAUGUGGCAAUGAGAGCAAGUCUACACCCGCAGCUGCACUCUGACAGGAAGGACCAGCAGACUACAAACACACUGAACCGACCUCAGAGACAGAGACAGAGAGACAGAGAGACACAAGCCUGGACAAACCUACAGGACACAAAAGAAGCUACAAACAGUCUCGAAGAUGAGUUCCAGAGUGGCAGGUGAUCCAGAGAAGGAGGAAGAGGAAGAUAAUGAGGAGGAGGAGGAGGAGGAGGAAGAAGGAGAAGAGAGCCUCAACCCAACAGAGGUGAAAAUGAGUCAGAUAGUGAUGCCCUGCCACAGCAACCAUCGACAGGAGCUGAGCGUGGGACAACUGCUCAAGUGGAUAGACUCCACUGCCUGCCUUUCUGCUGAGAGGCAUGCUGGGAGUCCCUGUGUCACUGCCUCUAUGGAUGACAUCCACUUUGAACGCACCAUCAGUGUGGGUCAAGUGGUGAACAUCAAGGCAAAGGUCAACAGAGCCUUUAACACCAGCAUGGAGGUGGGCAUACAGGUGAGCUGUGAGGACCUGUUCUCUGAUCGUCACUGGAGGGUUUGUCACGCCUUCGCCACCUUUGUUACUCAGCGCACAAACACGGGAAAAAAGGUGAUCCUGAAGCCGAUUGUACCUCACACUGAGAAAGAGCAGGUUGAAUACAGUGUGGCGGCUGAGAGACGGAGGGUCAGGAUGCUUCACGAUGACAUCAUCAAAGAUCUACUCUCCCAUGGGUCGAUCCAGCAGGUCGACAGCUCAGCAGUAGCCAAUGCGGUGGCAGCAGAGAAGACCAAGGUGGAGAGUGUUGAACUGGUUCUACCCCCGCAUGCUAACCAUCAGAUAAAUACAUUUGGAGGUCAGAUCAUGGCCUGGAUGGUGAAUGUAGCUACGAUUGCUGCCAGUCGUCUUUGUCAGGCUCACCCGACUCUGCAGGCCAUCGACAUGUUCACCUUUAGAGGACCUUCUCAGGUUGGUGACAGACUGCUGCUGAAAGCUAUAGUCAACAACGCCUUCAAAAGCAGCAUGGAGGUGGGGGUGCGAGCGGAAGCCUACCAGGAGGAAGGGCCUAACAGACACAUAAACUCUGCAUUCAUGACAUUCGAGGUGCUUGACGACCAGGGGAAGCCAUGUGCGUUACCGUGGAUUCGACCCGAACCCUUGGAAGGGGAGAGAAGGUUUCAAGAGGCCAUAGCAAGGAAGAAGAUCAGAUUGGACAGAAAGUACAUCAUUUCCCACAAGCAGGGCGAGGUCCCUCUGUCUGUACCCUGGGACCCCAGAAACCAGGUGUAUCUGAGCUAUAACAAUGUUUCAGCUCUGAAGAUGUUGGCUGCUAGAAAGAACUGGCGCCUCAGCUCUGAGAAAGACAAGGUUCGUCUUUACACCUUGGAGUACAAGUCCAUGUUGAGUUUCAGGGUGGAAUCAGAGGUGGAUGUACCUGCUCACAGAGCUUUUAGUCUGCUGGCUGAGCUGAGCAACAGGAUGAGCUGGGACACACAUUAUCAGAAUUGUGAGCUGAUUCACCGGGUGGAUGAUGAUGACUUUCUGUAUCGUGUGGUGACCCCAUCAGUGCGGCAGGGUGGAGUAGGUUCCCCGACUUCAGCCCUUCAGGGAGAAGGGAUUCGCCAGGACUUCAUCUUGUUGGCUUCUAAGAGGAAGCCGUGUGGCAGCGGAGAUCCAUACGUCAUUGCACUGCGUUCAGUGUCCCUGCCCACUCACCCUCCCGUAGAAGGUUAUAAUAGAGGAGAGGUUCUGUGUGCUGGAUUUACCAUACUAGAAACCAAAGACAACAAGUCACUGAUCAGUUACUUCAACCAGGCAUCUCCAGAGGUUCUUCCCUACAUCUCCACAGAUAUUGCUGGCCUCUCCUCCUCUUUCUACCACAGCUUCUGCUCCUGCAGCCAAUACCUGACCAGGAACAGACUGCAGUCUGCCUCUGAGGUGCAAACAGACCAAUACCAGGCCACGAGUACAGACAGUCCCACCUGUGAUAAUGAAGCUGACAAUCUGUCAUCUGCCCUCCACGGCACCAAGCUGUAGACAGUCAGUGGUACUUUAGGGCUGGGCGAUAGGGAGACAAUCAAAUAUCAUAAUAUUUUUGACCAAAAAAAUGAUAUUCAAUGAUAUUGAAGGAUUAACCUUGGGUGCUUUCACAAAAUAUUUACACAAUGAGAUUUUUGAGAAAUAAUCAUCAGUAAUGUGGAUAUAAGUAGAUAAGGCAAACAAUAGAACAGCAACAGCUAGAAUAGUCUGUUUAAGUUAAAAAAAAAUCACAACACUUUACUGUGAUGCAGCUUUUAAAACCAGCAUUAAUGAUAUCCACUCUCUAUGACUACAUCUGUUUCAUAUCACAAUAUCAGUAACAAUGAUAUGUUGCCCAGCCCUACUUUCCAGACCAGUUCACGUCACAAAUUGUAAAGUGAGGUCAAGCUACUGUUUAUACAACGUAGUAUGAUUAACACUGUUGAAGUGUUCACAGGAAAACAAAAGGUGACGUUUACAUUAUUUUUUUGUCAAACUUUGUUUUUAAAAGAAGCAGUGUAUAAAAUUUAAGGGGACUCAGUGGCAUCUAGCAGUGAGGAUAGCAGAGUGCAAAAAGCUAAAACCUCUCCUAGUUAGAAUUUAUUUCAGUGUUCGUUGUUUAGGAGGUUUUUACCAGGAGUCUCUUCCUCUCCAAAACAAAUAGACCAGGUAAUUAAAACUGGUAAUAACACUGAAUAUAGCGUUUUCCUAUCCUGCUCAAUACAUCACAGAAGGGCCGCUAGGCCAGCCCCUGCUACUGUGUGCUCACCUUUUUUCCCCUGAUGACUUAAGAUCUAGAUAUUCAGGAGUUGUUUUUUUUUGUUUGUUUGUUUUUUUUAAACCAGGAACCAGAUUAUCCACAGAGGUCAAUUCAUCUUCAAAACAAAAAGACCUGAGGCCUGUACUAUGAAGCAGGAUUUGGAGUUAGUGAGGUAACUUCAGGGUUCAGUCUAGGUUUUCAGUACUAUGAAGCUGGUUCUCUUUUUACUGGGAUGAAUCACUUACGCUGAACAGCUAACCUGCUCCGGGAACAGGUUAAGUUCAGACUUUCUGAUCAUAGCUUGUCAACAUCCAGACCUCUGACCAAUCAGAUCACUGAAGAAAAAAGUAUCUAUGGAUACAAGUCUGGAGUCUCAGGUAAAAAAGAGUAACCUAUAUAUUGUUAUAGGUCAGUAGAAUCAUUUCAUUGUUCCAGGGCUCUAUUUCCACUUGUUUUAAAACAGAGCUUCUAACAAACACAGAGACCCUUUACAACACUAACAUGAUUUUUACUCAUGCAAAGUUUAUUUUAGUCCACAGUGAUAGUGUUGAUAUUUUACACUCUGAUUCCAUCACUGUAGCUCAAAAUAACUUGACAGGCCUUGUUGUGAGAACUAGGGAGAGAAAGACAAUCUUUUAUUAGCGACAUAAUCCACACACAGUUAAUUGGCUCCAGUUAUUAUAAAUGCAACAUUUGGGUCAAAUAGACCUCAUCAGUCAUUAACUUGGCUACUUUUCAACCCUUUACUUCAGUAGCAGAAACAGUCUGACAUUACUUUAAAGUGUUUUAUGUGACAUAUCAAAAUACUCUAAUACUAAUACUAGGCUAAAUAAAUAAAUAAAUAACAUAUCAAUGUCACAUAUAGCCUAGAUAUACCUAUACGUAAAUUAAGUCUUGGCUAAUGGUGUAUUUUUGGAUAGUAUUUUCAAUAUUUGUACAUUUUCCAUUAUAAGAUUACAGAGCAUUGUUAAGUUAAUUGUUAAGUUGAACUGGCUUCAUAGUACGGGCCUCUGGUUAUAUAAACCAGUAAAAAACACUGACUAAUGCUGUUUUACAUUACAAAUCAGUGUUUUUCCUACGCUGUCGUUGUGGAAGGGCUGCUGACUACGGUAGCUGAUGCAAAAAUGUGAAUAGCACUAUCUAGAGCCAGUGUUUGAUUUGUCCGUUCUGGGUUACUGUAGAAACAUGGUAGUGCAACAUGGUGAUCUCCGUAGACAAGGACCAGCUCCCAAUGUAGAUAUAAAUGGCUCACUCUAAGGUUACGAAAACACAACAGUUCUUACUUUCAGGUGAUUAUACACGAAAGAAAACAAAAGUAUAAUAUUAGAUUUAAUUUCUGCCAAUAUAUCACCCUAAAUCCUCCACACUGGACCUUUAAACAAAGGUGUUAGUAUAGAAAAUCUAAGAUCAAAGUGAGCAUGGAAAAAAACUAUCUCAGACACUCACAUAGACACAAUAUUUAACCAGAGUCCGAUGUAAAACAUAGACCUGUGCUGUCUCGAUUUGCAAUUUUCCAUACGUACACUUGCUAUUUUGAGCGCAUAAGUGCAUUCACACUGACAAGCAUGGCAAAAUGCAGUGCACUGUGAGUACUAUACCCUAUAUUGAUAUUGAUCAAAAAGUUGAGAGUGGAACGCUGGACUCCCACCAUCAUUUGAUUGCCAUCUUGGCUUUGAGCACAAGGGAGUGGCCACCUAACUUGUGAAAAUGGUGGCCUAGGAAGCUGCAGUUGUUCCAGCGAAUAAGCAAAGAAAUUGGCAGAUAUUUUCGUGGGUGACAGUCGUGGUCAAAUGUUGGUGGUAAUGCUCUGUCUAUUUACAGUUUGCCAUUACAUAGAAGUGUUCAAAUGUUGAGAUUGUCAUUUCUGAUAAGUGCCAACAGCCAUGUUCGAUAUGAAUCAACACUAUCCUGUAGAACUUCAUGCACUAUGCAAGUACAUAAUGUACUAUAUGAAAGUGUACUAGUAAAGCAAGUACAUAAUGUACACAGCACUGAUUUCAAAAUAAAGGCUCAUGCACUAUGAAUUAUUUUGUUUGGACACAAAUAUAACACUGUAAUCUGUGUCACCAGUCGUAAGUUAAUCAUCUUGGUUUGGCAAAUCUAACUGUAACCAAAUUUGUAAAUCUAACCAAGUAUGGGGUUUAUAGGAAAUGCAGGGUUCAUUUUUAGAAACACUAAGAGUGGCAUUAAGUGGUGAGAGAAUUGUUUCCAUUUUCUGUCUAGAAUUAGCACAAGGUAACAUCUGUCUUUUGAUAAAAACAUUGAUGU